GUGGCCCCUGCGCGUACUAUGUAGUGUAGCGAUUGGCGACGCCAAAAUUUCGGUUCUUUAAGGAUCGCGAGCAAGUUCGGGUGCUUCCAGCCAGGCAAACUGUCGCGAUAUCAGGUUGGUGAGCUGCAUCGUAGCCAAUUGGUCCUCCACCUAACGAGAUAAUCUAUAGAAUGCCUCCGAGACUACGAUGCGCGGUCCCUCGCGGCCUGGGUCCCGCCGUGAACCCGUCGAGGGCAACGAGCCGAUCCGCCGUUCUCCUGCUUCCACCAACUCCCACGGCAGCACCCGCCACGAGACAGUAUGCCACCGCAGCAGCGGCGAAAGUAUCGAGCUUUAGACUGCCAGCCGACUAUGUCCCUCCCACCAAGCCGCCGACGGCACGUCCCUCCGACACGCGGAAGUCGCAGCUCCUUCGCACCUACACAUCCCUCCUUCGCUCGACGCCCUUGAUUCUGAUUUUUCAGCACAACAACCUCACGGCGGUAGAGUGGGCUGCCGUGAGACGGGAGCUGAGGAUUGCUCUUGGCAACGUUUCCGCCGGAGGAGCAGAGGCAGACGCGAUCGCUUCGAGAGCCCAGCUGCAGGUGAUCCGGACUCGCAUCUUUGACGUGGCCCUCAAAAUCGUCGAAUUCCACGACCCAUCCAAGGUCGCCCCAACAACUGUAUCCGCGCUCACGGGCGAGAAGGUUCAGGUUGUGUACAACCACGACUUGUCCAAAGCGGCCUUCCAGGCCGUCAAGGCGGCCACGCAGGGCGACAAACCAUUACCGGAGGACUCCAUUUACGCUCAACUCUCACCCUUGCUGGCUGGCCCGCUGGCGAUCUUCACCCUCCCAGCUGUCUCACCGGCGCAUCUCGCCGCCGCUCUCAGUGUCCUCUGCCCCAGCCCUCCGGCCUUCCCGCCACCGAGCAAGAAGAAGUUCCCCGGAUACUACGAUGCCACCGCUCAGAGUGGGUUGCAGAAGCUUAUGCUGAUUGGUGGCCGUAUCGAAGAUAAGGUGUUUGACCUCGAGGGCGUCAAGUGGGUUGGCGGCAUCGAAGGUGGUUUGGACGGACUGCGCGCUCAGCUCGUUCACAUGCUCCAGAGCGCAGGCCUCGGCCUUACCAGCACUCUGGAGGGUGCUGGCAAGAGCCUCUGGCUCACCAUGGAGAGCCGCCGCAGCGUCCUGGAGGAGCAGCAGAAAGGCGGCAAGGCGGACGAGAAGGGAGAGAGCUCAUGAGCCAAGAAGGAGGUUGGGACUUAUCACGCAUUGUGGCUCUACACUGUACUUCGUACAGACAGUGCGGUGUUUGGAGGAUUUCGCGAUGCAGUAGUCGCGAUACAAUAUUCUGUAGAUUUACUGUAUCAAAUACCUAUGAAUAAAUAUUUUGCUCAGCUGAUUAUUUUUUCCCCGAAACAACUCAUCAAUUAAGCGUGGUAAUGGUUGGCGAUGAG